AUGGGAGAGUUUAUACAAGAGAUUGAAAAUGAAAUUUGUGAAUAUUGCAUGGAAAAUGAUGAAGUAUUUUUAGUUGAUCAUGACAUUAAAAAUCAUAAAUUAACAUUAGGACUAUCAAAAUAUGAUGAAGAAUUUGAAAUAUAUUAUGAUAAUGAAUAUCCUAAAUCAAAAUAUGUUAUUGAAAUGAAAGGAAAAAAUAAUGAACAUACAAUUAAAAGAACUAAUACAAUGAUAGAAAUUGGAAAAAUAAAAGGAAUUAAAGAAGUAAUAAAAAUAUUUCUAGAAAAUGAUAGAGAAGAACGAAAUUAUAUUAAAAAAAAACAAGAAAAUCAUGAAAUACAAAAGAAAAAAAUGAAAGAAAGAAUGAAAGAAGUAUAUAAAAAAAUUGUUAAUUCAAAAGUAAAAUCAGAAAUUAAUUUUAAUACUCAACUUGCAUUUCAAAUAUUAAGUGAUGAUAUUAUUGAAAUUCAUUUAAAUAAAGAAAAAUAUAAAUUUGAUGUUGAAGCAGUAAAUGAUAAUCCAUUUCAUUGGAUUGUAUCAUUUUUUGGUUUUAAUGAUAAUACUAAAAUAGGAAAAGAUAUUCUGAAAUUAGAAACAUUAUCUAGACUAGAUUGUAUUCAAAUGGAAUUUAAAUUUUCAGUAACUAUGUUUCCAGUUUUUCCACCUGAAUAUAAUUUUCUUGCACCAAAAUUAACUAAAGAAUCAUUAAAGUCUAUUUUUCAAAGUGGUGCAUUUGCAGAUGAAUGUUAUAAUCCAUUUACUAAAAUCAAAUUAUUUAAUAUUAUUUGGGAGUUAAUUAAUCUCUUUGGAAAAAUUGAUUUUGGAAUAAAUCAAUCCACUGUAUUGGAUUAUACUAUUCAAGAAUUUUAUACUGAACAACAACUCUGUAAACCAUUUCUUGGUCAAGUUACUCAUUUAGGACAAAAAUUUAUUUUGGAAAAUAAAAUUCAUAAUAUCCCUACUAAUAAUUCAAUUCAAUUUAACUCUUUUAUUACACAACAUUAUCCAUGUAUUGAAAAAUUCUUAAUUGGAAUGAGGCAUGUUAAUUUCAUUUCAGUUAAUGACUCUGGUUUCUUUUGUUGGCAUGGUACUUCUGAUGCAUCCAUCCAAUCUAUCUGUAAAGAUGGUUUUGAUCCAAUGAGAAGGACUGGACAAUUUUAUGGAAGAGGAGAGUAUUUUGGAAAAACAGCUGACAUUUCAAUGGGUUAUUGUAAAGGGAAUUACCAUCUAAUACUAUGUUAUGUCCUUAAAUCAGAUAAAGUCAAAACCAUAGAUAUUGGUUAUGUCGUUGAUAACCCAGCUGAUUGGAGUUAUUCAUAUUGUCUUCCAUUAUUAGUUAUUACUUAUGGAAAUGGAAAACCUGUUAUCUUUUUAGAUAAAACAUUAAAUUAA